AUAUUUUAGUUUAUGAAACGAUUCGCCAGAAGAUAGAUGACAACAAAAAAAGGGUUGAUUUAAAAUCAACAUCGUUCGUUGUUCUUUACCAUACGAUAAACACUAUGCGACAUCUCCACUCCACAUCUUCAGCAAGAACCACAAAGUAACAUGGCACGUUUCGUAGUCGUUGUGACUUAAGGCAUGACGACAGUUCCGAUAUAAAUUUUGUAUUCUCUUCUCACUAUACGAGUUGGUGGUUAUCAUAAGUUGGACUUCAAAAAGGAGCUAGCUAGGAAUUUAUUGUACGUUGGUUUUUUAUUUUCAUACAGAACAGAACAGUUCUUUCUUUAGAUCUCUCUCUCUCUCUCUCUCACACACACACACAUAGACACUUCCUUUUAACAGAUUAUAGCUUUGGAAGAAUAGAAAAAUUGGAAGUAGAGAUGAAGCUUUUGGAGUUGUUCAUCGCUUCAUUGAAACCAGUUGUGGAGACUCUGUUGAUAAUAUCAGUUGGAUUUUAUUUGGCUCUCGACAGAGUCGACCUUCUUGGUCAUGAUGCUCGCAAACAUUUGAACAACAUUGUCUUCUACGUGUUUAGUCCUUCGCUUAUUGGAAGCCGCUUAGCUGAUAGUGUUACAUACGAAAGCUUGGUGAAAAUGUGGUUUAUGCCGGUUAAUGUUCUGCUCACAUUCAUCAUUGGUUCGUUACUCGGCUGGAUUGUUAUUGUCAUCUCUAAGCCUCCUUCGCAUCUUCGUGGUCUCAUCGUUAGUUGUUGUGCUUCUGGGAAUUUGGGAACCAUGCCUCUCAUUAUUAUCCCAGCCAUUUGUGAAGAAAAAGGAGGUCCAUUUGGUGAUCCUGAGAGUUGUGCGAAAUAUGGAAUGGGUUAUGUCACACUCUCCAUGACUAUAGGAACGGUUUACUCAUGGACUUACAUAUACAAUCUUAUGCGUGUGCUAUCGGCCUCUCCCGUUAUACCUCAACAUUCUGUUGAAUCCAACUACAACAGCUGCAAAGUCCCACUAGUUUCUUCCAAGGAAGAAAAAGAAAAAGAAGAAGAAGACAGCCAUCAUAAGGUUGGGAGAUGGGAAAAAUUCAAGCGAAGAGUUGCUUCUCUGUCAGAGAAUGUCGACCUCGGGUCAAUAUUUGCUCCAGCUACUAUUGCUGCGAUUAUCGCGCUUGUGAUCGGGCUCAUUACUUCUUUAAGGAACCUAAUAAUCGGCACUGUAGCGCCUCUCCGUGUGAUUCAAGACUCAUUAACUCUAUUGGGAGAUGGUGCCAUUCCUGCUAUGACCUUGAUAGUUGGAGGAAACCUACUCAAAGGAAUGAGGAGCUCAGGAGUGAGGAGUUCAGGGAUGAAUAAGUCCAGCAUCAUAGGCGUCUUGGCCGCACGUUACAUUUUGCUGCCUAUAAGCGGUGUGUUAAUCGUGAGAGGAGCAUAUAAGUUGGAUUUAGUUACCUCAGAACUCUUGUACCAAUUCGUUCUUCUUCUUCAGUUUGCUGUCCCACCAGCCAUGAAUCUAGGUACAAUGACUCAAUUAUUUGGGUCUGGGGAGAGUGAAUGCUCAGUGAUUAUGCUCUGGACUUACUCUUUGGCUUCGAUUUCACUCACGGUUUGGCCCACAUUCUUCGUGUGGCUUGUGGCUUAAAUCCCCAUACCCGUUCAUGUUAUACGUAUAUCCUUUUUACUGAAGAAUUGUUUUUAGACUUCCAGAUGACUGGAUCAAGCAUAGUUGCGAAUUUUUAUAUAUUUAAACGUUAAAGCCGUUGAUACAAA